AACCAACUCCCUUCACGCUAAUUCAAAUCAUAUUCGUGAAAAUUUUGUUUUGAUCCGUAAUUUUUUGAACUUUUUUGGAUAUUUCUCCAUUAAAAGACGCAAAAAAUGACUUUUACGAGCGCUCUGAAACGCAACAGGCCCGGCACAAAAGCAAGCGAAUUCUGCAACUGGCCUGAAGUGCCAUUUGAAGAGAUGGAUUCAACACUCGCCGUGCAGCAAUAUAUCCAGCAACUCAUCCGAAAGGAUCCCUCGAAUAUCGACACGAUUUUAACGCUGCCCGAUAACCAGGAUCAAGCUGCCUGGAAGUACGAGCAAUUGCGACAAUUUUGCAUGGAGCUCAAUGGACUUGCGGUUCUGCUGCAAAAACAAUGUUUUCCAAGUACUUGCAACCAAAUGACGUCGACAGAACAGUGGAUUUUCCUGUGUGCCGCCCACAAAACUCCGCAAGAAUGUUCGGCUAUUGAUUAUACGAGACACACUUUGGAUGGCGCCGCUUGCUUGCUCAACAGCAAUAAAUAUUUCCCGAGUCGCGUAACGAUCAAGGAGUCAUCUGAGGGGAAGCUUGGAUCGGUUUGUCGUCGUGUUUAUCGCAUUUUCUCGCAUGCCUACUUCCAUCAUCGAGGGUUAUACGAAGAAUUUGAGGGAAAAACGUCACUUUGCAAGAGAUUUAGUACUUUCGUUCUACGGAAUAAUCUGAUGACACCAGAUACGCUCCUCGUGCCCAUGGAAGUCACGCAGAAGGGCGACGCCACAGUAGCUGACACGGGCGAAUCCGAAAUUUAAACUAAAACUUCAUAUUUCCGCAAAAUUUCGUAAUUUAAGUUAUUUUUUUUUUAAUUAAUCACUCGUUAACGUUAGAACUUUUUAAUUUAACGCUAGAAAGUAAGGCAUAUGAGGAAGAUUUCGUGUGAAAGUCUAAAUGUCGUAGUUCGCAUAGGAAGUAAAACAUUAGAAAUUCUGAAUUUAAAUUAAAUUAAAGACCACGUAAACGUAAAAUAAUCCACAAAAACGAGAUUUUAUUAAUUUU